AUGGGCCUGAAGCAAGUCCGGGAGAUGUCGCAGUGCAACAUCAAGCUCGGUCAAGAGCCUGAUUCUCAAGGAAAUCGCAGAUGUGACGUGAGUGGUCCGACGGUGGAGCACAUUGCCAGCGCGGUGCAUGCGAUAGCUUCUCGUGUUUUCGAGCCUGGAGACUCCGUCCAGUGCAAGCUCUUCGUUGCCUUCCCCAACGAGUAUGUGGGUCAAGUCAUCGGCAAAGGCGCGGAAAACCUCAAGCGCAUCCGAGACAUGACCGGCGCAAACUUACAGUUGAUGAAGGAUGUGAUGAGCGACCAGGGCGACCGGGUCGGGCAGCUUGUGGGCGUGCAGAACCAGCUGGGAGCAGCGAUUCGGAUAGCGCUGGGUCCUGUCGGUUCUGCCUCAGCUGGCAACAUGCCGGCUGCGCAGCAGAGAUCGACUCCGUACUAUAGUGGUGGCUUGGGUCAGCAGCCGAUGCAGCCGCAGCACAUGCCGAUGCAGGCGAUGCAGGGCACAAGUCCGCCCAUGUCCAUGCUGCCUUUGCAGGCGCCGACGGCACUCACUGGAGUCAAGCGCGGCAGCGGCGAUGCUAACGAGAUGCAAGUACACAUGGUGAUUUCGCCAAAGUACGUAGGCGCUAUCCUCGGAAAGGAGGGCGCGCAAAUCAAGCAAAUAACGACAGACACUGGCUGUGCCAACGUGUCUGUCACAAGGAGGGACCCGGGAAACCCCGGUGACCGCCGUGUAGUUGUCCUGGGAGGCUUCGACGAGUGUGCGAAUGCACAGCGGGCCGUCUACCAGUUGGCCCUGACUGCUGCGCAGGGGGCAGGGGAGGAGGUGAAGGACCUCACAAUCAUCUUCAUGGUUCCGCAGCAUGCGGCAGGAGCGGUGAUUGGCAAGGAGGGUGCCCACCUCAAGCAGCUUCGCGACCAGCUGGGUUUGAGGGUGACCCUUUCCCGGGAAGUCGUGGAAGGCUUCCGGCCUUGCAAUUUAGUCGGGCCACUUGAGUCCAUCCUCAUGGCAGAGAAACAGAUCCAGGAGCAGGUGCUGCUGCACCCACAGCCGGCGGCCGGCGAGGACCGCAGCAACGGUGCAAAGCGCUUCGCUGAGGAGGGCGAGGCCCCGGCCGUGCCGGGGGCCUUCACUGAGAUGAAGCGGCCUCGGAUGAUGGCGCAACCUGCGCCCGGCGAGGGAACCACGAAACUGUUGGUGCCUUCUGCCAGCGCGGGCUCCAUCAUUGGCAAGCAGGGCUCGGUUCUGAAGCAAAUACGCGAGAGCUGCGGUGCAAGCCUGGAAAUCCUGCCGCAGGUGCAGACACCACAUCUGCUGACAGAGCGCCUGGUCACCAUCAGGGGUCCGGCCGCCUGCAGGGAAGCGGCGCUAGCCAGGGUGAUGCAGGCGGCCUUUGACAAAGACCAGCUCAACACCAUGCUCAAGCUUCUGGUGCCUGGGCCCAUGGUUGGCGCGGUCAUCGGCAGACAAGGGUCCACUUUGAAGGCCAUCCGGGACCAGUGUGGACUCGGAGUUCAGGUCGAGCGUGAGGAGAUCCAUGGAGAUCGCUUAGUCUCUGCAACUGGCGCCAUGGGGUCCGUGCUCGCAGCCACUUCCCUCAUUCUCCAGGCGAUUGAGGCCGCGGGCGCGGGAAAGCAAGUUGCGCCCAUGGGCCAACCUCAGAUGGGCGCUGUGCCCACUCAGGCGACCCCGCAAGGCGCUUAUUGGAUGCAGAUGCAGCAGGGCAUGGAGUGA